CAGCGGCGGCGGUCGCGGGGUGCGUAGGGCUCCCUGGACAGUGGGGGGGCGAGCGGCAAGCAAAGGAGCUGGGGCGGGGGCUGGCGGCGCCGUCCACCCCUCCCCCCAUCUCCGCAGUCGGGCAGCCUUUCCCCGGGAGAAGAUGGCGGAUCGGGCGGAGAUGUUUUCUCUCUCCACCUUCCACUCCCUGUCACCGCCGGGAGGCAGGCCUCCCCAGGACAUCAGCCUGGAAGAAUUUGAUGAUGAAGACCUGUCUGAGAUCACCGACGACUGCGGCAUUGGUCUCAACUAUGAUUCGGACCCUUGUGAGAAGGAUAGCCUCUCUCUGGGACGUUCAGAACACCCGCACCCUAUCUGCUCCUUCCAGGAUGAUUUUCAGGAAUUUGAGAUGAUUGAUGAGAAUGAGGAAGAGGAAGAGGAGGAUGGGGAAGGGGAGGUAGAAGAAGGGGGCCAGAGGCACGAAGCACCCCCAUCGCCACCCCUCAUCCCAUCUCCCUCUUCCCAAGAGCCCCAGAAACCUCGUCCCACCACCCUGAACCUUACCUCACUUGGGACCCAGGACUCUUUGAACAACAAUGGGGGCUUCUCUCCUCCUCCUCGGGCCACUUGGCAGGAGACCCUGCUGCCCUCACCCCCUGAGGAGCCCCACAAUGCACAUCGGGGGCCUCACGUUUGCACCGCAGAUGGGCACCGUGAGGAACAGUGUGGGCCCCCCAGUGAUUACGACUGCGAAGGGAACCGGCCAGGAGAGGGGUCCGAGGCGUCCACGGGGCCCCCGCCUGCUCCCGGUGGCUCCUCGCCCUCCUCGGACCCGGGCAUCGAGGCCGACUUGCGCAGUCACUCCAGCGGGAGCCGGAGCAGGAGCCGGGGUCGGGGCAGGGGCCGGGGCCUUCGGAGCAGUCAGGAGCUGUCUUCGCCCGGCUCGGGCUCGGCCUCUGGCUCGGACUCCGAGGACGCUGAAGGGGAGCUGGCAGCCGCGGGGCCUGGGUCCGGGGGCCGAGGCUUGGGUCACAUGAUCUCCUCCAUCUCUGAGACGGAACUCGACCUGAGCAGCGACGGCGGCAGCAGCAGCGGUCGCUCCUCCCACCUCACCAACUCUAUAGAAGAGGCGUCGUCUCCCGCCUCCGAGCCGGAGCCCGAGCCGGAGCAGGACACCGGGCCGGGGCUGGAGCCUGGACCCCCCGGGGCCGGCCUGGCGCCUUCCCCGCGGCUUCCGGAGCCACCAGCGUUGCCUGAGCCCGCGGAGCCUCCCGGCAGCCUCAGGCGGCCCGCCUAUCUGCCCGUGGGCCCGGGAGGGGCUGGGGCCGGGGCCGGGCAGCCUGCCGGGCCGUCGGCCGGACCCGACGACGCUAACAGCGAGUACGAGUCGGGUUCUGAAUCGGAGCCCGACGUGAGUGAAGACGCUGACUCUCCGUGGCUGCUCAGCAACCUGGUGAGCCGCCUCAUCUCCGAGGGCUCGUCGCCCAUCAGCUGCCCAGCGCAAUGCCUGUCCCCAGGGCCCGGACACCCGCCCCCAGCUCCAGUUUCGGCCCCCGCAGCCGCGCCUCCUGCGCCACCCUCCCCUAGCGAUACCAUCUCCCCUACGUCCGCUUCGGUCUCCGCCUCGGAGCUAGGCCGUGUUCCGGACGCUGGGGGCCGUGGGGGCCGCUCGGGGCCCGGCCUGGCCUUCGAGGACACCGAAGAAGAGGAAGAGGAAGAAGAAGAGGAGGAGGACGAGGAUGAGGAGGAGCGAGAGCCUCAGCGUGCCCCGGGGGCACCUGCUAGCAUCGAGCUGGAGUUGGUGGACAUGGAGACUCUGUGCGGAGGCGGCGGCGGCGGUGCCCUGCAGCCCCCUGGCAGGCCCCCGGCCCCCGUGCGUCCCCCGCCAGCCCAGCCCGGGCCCUUCCUCUUCCUUAGCAACCCCACGCGGGACACCAUCACUCCCGUGUGGGGCGCGCCGGGCCGGGCCGCCCGCGCCAGCCGCGCCUGCUCGGCUGCCUGCUCGGAGGAAGAGGAGGAGGAGGAGGAAGAGGAAGAGGAGGACGAAGAGGAGGAUGAGGAGGACGAGGAAGGAGACGAGGAGGGAGACGAAGAGGCCGCGGGUGUGGUGGCCCCGCGCGGGCUGGGCCUGGGUGCUGGCCCCACCGCUGCCCGAGAUGCAUCUCUGGUGUAUGACGCGGUCAAAUACACGCUGGUGGUGGACGAACACACGCAGCUGGAGCUGGUGAGCCUCCGGCGCUGCGCCUCAGGCCUCAGCCACGACAGCCAGGCCAGCGACAGCGGCAGCGACAGCGGCAGUGAGGACGCGGGCUCCCCGCCGGGGCCCGGGGGUCCAGGGGUCCGGGAGCCGCUACUAGGCGGCCGCAGCGGCGCAGCCUCGCCAGACAGCCCGGUCAGCCCCGACCUCACCUUCUCCAAGAAAUUCCUCAACGUCUUCGUCAACAGCACAUCCCGCUCCUCCAGUACAGAAUCCUUUGGGCUUUUCUCCUGCGUGAUCAAUGGGGAGGAGAGAGAGCAAACCCAUCGAGCUGUGUUCAGGUUCAUCCCAAGACAUGCUGAUGAGCUGGAACUCGAUGUGGACGACCCUGUUCUGGUGGAGGCUGAGGAGGAUGACUUCUGGUUUCGAGGCUUUAAUAUGAGGACAGGAGAGCGGGGCAUCUUCCCAGCCUUCUAUGCCCAUGCUGUUCCUGGCCCCACCAAGGACCUGCUGGGGGGAAAGCGGAGCCCUUGCUGGGUGGAGCGUUUUAACGUGCAGUUUCUGGGCUCUGUGGAGGUUCCCUGUCACCAGGGCAAUGGGAUCCUGUGUGCAGCCAUGCAGAAGAUCGCCACAGCUCGGAAGCUGACUGUCCAUCUGCGUCCUCCAGCCUCCUGUGACCUCCAGAUCUCCCUUCGAGGGGUCAAGCUGAGUCUGAGUGGGGGUGGGCCCGAGUUUGAACGCUGCAGUCACUUCUUCCAGAUGAAGAACAUUUCGUUCUGUGGCUGCCACCCCCGAAACAGCUGCUAUUUUGGCUUCAUUACCAAACACCCAGUUCUCAGCCGCUUUGCUUGCCAUGUGUUCGUCUCCCAAGAAUCCAUGCGGCCCGUUGCCCAGAGUGUGGGUCGAGCCUUCCUGGAAUAUUAUCAAGAACACCUGGAAUAUGCGUGCCCCACAGAAGACAUUUACCUGGAGUAGUCCUGCCGGGGCCCCUCUCCUCCCCUGGGGAGACAGGAGGAGGGAGUGACCUUAUGUGCUUAGAGAUCUCUGAGGCUGCACUGGGAACUCUGGCCCUUAUCCCUUUCCCCUCCCAACCCAGGGCACAUUAAGGGGGGAGACACUGGCCUUCUCCCUGAGGGAAUGGGGGCCCUGAGCAGAUCCAAGAAUCACUUGAGACCCUCCCCCUUCCAUGUCCCUCCCUUAUCUUUGGCUAUCCCUCUGUGUCUGUCUCUCCCCCUCUCUCUGUUUGUGUCUCUGAGUCUCUCCCUCUUUCUGUGUCUCUUCCUCUCUCUGCGUGUGUCUCUAUGUGUGUCUUUUUCUCCUUGUCUAUUCUCUUGGCAUCUCUCUCUCUCUUUCUCUGUGUCUCUAUCUCUGUCUCUCCUCAUGUCUGCCUCUGCUCCUCCACUAGCCCUUGCUCAGAAUAGGGAGCUCUGGCAGGGUAUUCUUCUGUCUGAGAUGACUGUCCCCCAAAGGAGUUCUUCCUCAAUUCCCCAUCCCAUUUAUUUCUAAAGGAGUUUUAAUUUUUAUAGAGAAUCUAGAGGGAUCAGCUAGCUGUCUUCCCCAUCCUGCUCUGCCCAGCUUGGCCAGGCUCAGGGCACACCCAAAGGGAGUGGGUGUCUCAGCCCCUCCCAAGACCAGAAACUACAGAAGGGGUUCUAUCCUCCCAUAGAACCCAGGAGACACAGAAGGGGUUCUAGGUUCCCUAGAACCCAGGAGAUACAGAAAGGAUGUUCCCUGUCCCACCCCUUCGGGAGUCCAGGAGGUAGGUGGAGGGAUUCUUUGCCCCUCAGUGAGCCCAGGGGACACAAAAGGGUGCCCCGUGCAGAGUCUAGGGGAGGGGGUCCCUCAGCAUCUCCCUGGCCCUGCUGUGCCUGACCACACUGUUGCUUUGCCGCCACUGGCUCGCUCACAGCUGUCUAGUGCGAGUGUAUCUGCCCCCUCCCCGUGCUGUAUAUCCAGGCCUGGCCCAAGGGGCCCUCAAUAAACUCUCUGCUUGGUGUGA